AAAUCAAUAUGGCGGACCCGUUUGGUCUGCUGGUGAUUUUUCUCCUAUUUUUCGUUACCUUUAUUGUGGGUAUCGAAUUAGGACCAGAACAAUGUCGGAAUGUAGGAUUUUCUACGAAUCUCUUGUGUAGCAGCUGUAAAGCAUUGGACCAGUUCCAUCUGUCACCCUUGAAACAGUCAUGUCGUAGCUGCUGCCAUCAAGAUGAAGAUGGUGGGGAACAAAACCAAUUUCCAUUUGCAGAGCUGUUGGUAUGUCAAUGAAAAUUGGGGAGAUAUCCACAGGUCCAAGCAUUUGUCAAGAGCGAACGUCCCAACCAGUUCCCCGGCCUGACUGUCCGUUACGUACGAGGAUCAGACCCGAUCAUCAAACUGAUGGAUCAGCAAAGGAACGUUGUCGAGACGCUCGGAAUUGAAAAAUGGAACACGGACUCUGUGGAGGAGUUUUUCAUGGAGAGAUUGAAACGAUAAGCAUCUGAAGAUUUCUCUGGUCAUUGUCUAUCAAUGCUCUGUUGCUUUUGCCAGAGAAUUUGAGGAAACUUUUACUGCAUCAAUUAUUCAUUUGAUUGAUUAGUUGACCGAUUAUUUGAUGAAUUGAUUGAUGGUCUGUUUUCAAAAAGUUGUGCAUUCCAAAUGUCUUCCUUGAAACUUAAAAAACUUUCUGGCAUUAGCAAAGUUUUCGUCUUGUGGUAUAUUUAUGAAUGUCUUACUAGAAACCGGAAGGUUAGUAUGACAGGAUGCCUCUGAUACGUCAAGACUUAAUAUACUUUGACCAGACUCUAAAAAAGGUCACUCUACCAUUAGAAAUAUUUUUAUUUGACUGUACAUGUAGAGUAUUAAAACAAGGCUCAAACAGCAUUGUAUACACAUCAUCAUGUCAUGAAUGUUAUGUUGUCACCUUUCAUGUCAUUUAUGUUUAGUAUGUACAUGUACUUAAAAAAUUUGCAUGAGGAGAUACGCAUCAGUAGACGAGACCAUCAGAAUAUAAAAAAAUCUAUAAUUUUUGGAAGAGGGUUGUCAACUUGAGGGUAAUGUUCACUCUGAAAUAAAAAAAUCCCUAAAAACAAAAUUUCUUUUGAACAAAAGAUCAUUUCUGAUAUGAUUUCAGCUAACUCCUUGCAAGCUAUGUUCAUUGUAACCACCAUGGUGCAUAUUCAUUUUAUCAUGAAUUGCAUUAAUCAAUGCAAUAAAAUAAGAAAUUUACAAUA